CCCUUUUAAAGGCGAUCCCAGGCGAACCGUUCGCGUUCCCCCUCUCUGGACUUGCGACUUACACAAGCGGCUUCCCCUUCCACUACUCCUCGCUCCGACAGUUUCGGAGCAGAUGCUCCAACGCCGCGUAUAAAUGCCAGUGCCCCAGCCGGCUGAAAAAUUAUUCUCGUUUGACAAGUCAAAGCAGACGCAUCGAUCGAACCCUCUUCUGUAGCGAUGGCUCGUACCAAGCAGACGGCGCGCAAGUCCACCGGAGGCAAGGCUCCCCGUAAGCAGCUGGCCACCAAGGCUGCUCGCAAGAGCGCUCCGGCAACCGGAGGAGUCAAGAAGCCCCAUCGCUACAGGCCCGGAACCGUCGCUCUUCGUGAGAUCCGUCGUUACCAGAAGAGCACGGAGCUCCUCAUCCGCAAGCUGCCCUUCCAGCGUCUGGUGCGUGAGAUCGCUCAGGACUUCAAGACCGACCUGCGCUUCCAGAGCUCGGCUGUCAUGGCCCUGCAGGAGGCUAGCGAGGCCUACCUCGUCGGACUCUUUGAAGACACCAACCUCUGCGCGAUCCACGCCAAGCGCGUCACCAUCAUGCCCAAGGACAUUCAGCUGGCCAGGCGCAUCCGCGGAGAGCGUGCUUAAAUUUUAGCCACUCUUUUUCUCAAACCAAUCGGCCCUUUUCAGGGCCACGACAAUUUUUCAAACGUUGGAAUCAAUUAUUUUUAUUUUAUUUUUAUAAAUAAAUAAUCAAUCGCACUGAUCAACAAUGAGCUGCUGUCGUAAACCAUACGACUAAGUAGUGUUCAGUGCUCCUGAAAUAACUC